UCUUCCUUUUCUGAUAUGUGACCCGAUUUCUACCACUACAUGCUUCGAUAUCUACACAGAAAUUGCCUACAAACCUCUGUUUACUUUUCCUUGCAAAUUUGAUCUAUUCUUCUCUUUCUUCAUGCUCCUAUAUUUAAAAGACUCUUUCUAGUUUGUUUCUGAUAUCUGACAUCUGUUUUCUGAUUUUGAUCACAAGUGUCAGAUAUCUUUUUCUUCUCAUCAUGUUGUCGUUACCUUCAACUUCAUCCUCCAUUUCUAGAAAGAAAUAUGAUGUUUUCUUAAGUUUUAGAGGUGAAGAUACCCGCAAAAACUUCACCGAUCAUCUCUAUGAUGCUCUAAAAAGGACUGGGAUUGUCACCUUCAGGGAUGACCCAAAGCUGGAGGCCGGCGAAGAGAUCGCGCCAGGGCUGUUUAAAGCCAUUCAGCAAUCAUGGUGCUCCGUAAUCGUAUUUUCAGAGUCUUACGCUUCCUCGGGUUGGUGCUUGGACGAACUUACUGAGAUUGUUAAGCAGAAAAAGGACAAGGGUUAUAAAGUGUUUCCAGUUUUCUAUGGCGUGGACCCAUCUGAUUUAAGACAACAGAAAGGAAAAGUUGAAGAAGCCUUUGCGGAACAUGAAAAGAGAUAUGAUGAAGAUAAGGUCCAAAGGUGGCGAAAUGCUUUAACUCAAGUCGCAAACAUUAAGGGAUGGCAUUUAAAUCACAGGUGA